GGUAUGCAGUUGAGCUUUAAUACCAUUGGAGACAGUAAAGAUGCAGAGGUAUGUGGCUGGCAACAACAAUUCCAAGAAGUCCACUGACAAGAAUCAGAACCGUGAGCGAUUGAAAACACCUGGAAAUGGCCACGGUGCAGGCAAUGUGUCAAGUAAUGAUGGCAGCAUCAGUUACAGAGACCAAGGAUCUUUCAGAUCUUGGGAUGACUACAUUCCUGUACCUAAGCUAGGCUUCAUGUCAGCUGCAGCUUGCAUUGCAGUCAUCGCUGUUCUCUGUUUUGCUAACAGUGUCUCAGGGGAAUUUGUCUUUGAUGACAAUGAAGCUAUUCUAAAUAACAAGGAUCUCCUGCCAGAAACUCCUCUGUCUCUACUGUUCUCACAUGAUUUCUGGGGCAGGACAUUAAACUCUUCCACCAGCCACAAGUCUUACCGACCAUUGACUGUGAUGACCUUCAGACUGAACUAUUUUCUGGCUGGAGGUCUGCACCCUUGGGGAUUCCAUCUCACUAAUAUUCUUCUGCAUUCCGUCGUCUCCUUAUUGUUUCUGGCUGUGUUCUCUGUUCUGAUUGGCGGAUACAGUCAAACACCAGGGGGUUCUUUGACAUUCAAAGCGCCACGCUCAUCCUUGUUCUGUGCUGUCUUAUUUGCUGCUCACCCUAUACACGUUGAAAGUGUGGCGGGAGUUGUUGGGAGAGCAGAUUUGCUGUGUGCAUUUUUGUUUGCUGCCUCUUUCCUCAGCUAUGUGAAAGCUUGUCAUUCAGGUACAUCGUCAGUUCGACCUGAGAGUUGCUCCCCUUGUUGGUUACUCCUCAGCAUGCUGCUCUGUUCUUUGUCCGUUCUAUGCAAAGAGCAAGGAAUCACUGUCAUUGGAUUGUGCAGUGCGUAUGAUAUUAUUCAAGUUUGUCGCAUCAACAUUUUCACAGUUUUCACGAGAAAACAACAGGCUUCCAACAAAAUGACUCCAAACAACAACAACAACAUUGUGAACCCUUCCGACAGUCAGAAGGCUUACCCUCCAUGGCUGAAAUCCUUGAUCUUUAGGCACUGCAUCUUGUUAUUCACUGGAGUCAUCUUAUUGGUUGUUCGCUGGAGGGUCAUGGGGUCAGCUCCUCCCACUUUUCAGCUGAUGGACAACCCACAUUCCUUUGUCAAUGGCACUCUGAUGAGAACAGUCAACUACCACUAUCUCUAUGCCAUGAAUGGCUGGCUAUUGGUCAAUCCAUGGUGGCUCUGUUUUGAUUGGUCCAUGGGCUGUAUUCCUGUCAUCACCUCAUUGGCUGAUCCAAGAAUCCUUGCUGCUAUUGCAUUCUGGGCCUUUAUGGGUCUCAUCAUAUAUUCAUGCUGGAAAGAAGAAGUUUCUCAUCAUGAACGGGUGUUACUGCUGGGCCUAGCCUUCCUGGUCAUCCCCUUCCUACCAGCCACCAACCUGCUUUUCCGCGUAGGGUUUGUCAUCGCUGAGCGGGUUCUGUAUCUCUCCACGGCCGGGUUCUGUCUGCUGAUUGCCACUGGAGUUCAGCGCAUGGCCAAACACUUUCCAGCCUCUAUUCCAGUUUUAAGGCUGGUAUUACCUGUAUUAGUGGUGAUUAUGAUUUCACGGUGCAUCCAGCGCAGUGCUGAGUGGAGGAAUGAGCUGGUCCUGUUCACAGCAGGGGCUAGAGUCUGUCCCCUGAAUGCAAAGGUCCACUAUAACAUUGGUAAAGUUGUGUCAGACAGAGGUGAUGAAGAGUAUGCUAUCCAGAAGUACCGGGAAGCCAUAGAGUUAUAUCCGGAAUACGACCAAGCAAUGAAUAACCUGGGGAACAUACUGAAGGACAGGGGAGACAACCAAGAAGCUGAGAGCAUACUUACCAGGGCUGUAAAAAUCAGGCCAGACUUCGCUGCUGCAUGGAUGAACCUGGGAAUUGUCCAAGCGUCUCUGAAUAAAUUCACUGAGGCAGAGAAAAGUUACUUCACGGCUAUUUCUCACCGCAGGAAAUACCCUGACUGUUACUAUAAUCUGGGUAACUUGUAUCUGUCCAUGGAGCGCCACACUGAUGCCUUAAUAGCCUGGAGGAAUGCCACUCUGCAGAGACCUACGCACCUUAAUGCCUGGAACAACAUGCUGAUUUUACUGGCCAAUCAGAAGCGGUGGAGAGAGGCAGAGACUGUAGGGAAGGAAGCACUGCGUUUUCUACCAGACGCUUCAAGCGUCCACCUUAACAUGGCAAAUAACUACGGCAAGGACAAGAAGUAUGAGUCCAGCGAGAAACACUUCCUCCAGGCCCUCAAGCUUGAUGGGAACAACCCGUCCAUUUUAACAAACCUCGGUGUGUUAUAUCAUUGGUGGGACAAGCCAGCUAAAGCUGAGAAGAUGUACCUCAGAGCCAUAGAGCUGAACCCAGGGAAAACGGGACCUGGCAGUCCCCGGAACAACCUUGAGAUGUUAUACAAGCAGAAAGGCAGGGGACCAUACUGAUGUAUGGAUGGAAGAGGAUGGGAGUAUGUACUGUUAGUACAGGCAGAAGAGGAUGGGACCAUAAAGAUGAACAGAUUGAAAGAUUGGGGGGAGUGACGGGGGUUGUACUGAUGGUAGCGGCAG